UAAACUCACUAAUCCACCGACUUAGCGAGCAAUCGGCGACCCCUCCGCCACGAACAAGGCGCCCUAAACCUUUAUAGCUUCUACUAUACUCGGAUUAGGAGGAGGACGAAGAAGGAAGAGAUGCUUAACCUACACCUCUGCGCACCCCCUCAUCAACCCCUGACCAUUACGCACCCCAUAUCUUCUUUCCGUAGCAGCUUUGUGCCAUUUUGGUCCGUUACAUUUCCCUUGCACAACCAUGCAUCGGCAGAGACUACUUUUGGCUCCGUUUCUCAAGGGAAGAUGGGCCCGAAAAUGAGCGCAAAAGGCUCUGAGAGAGACUUUGAAGAAGAGGAUUACGGAGCAGAUGGAGAGGAAGAGGAAUAUUCAUCGCCAAAAGGAAGAGAAGACGAGAAGGAUUAUGAUAGAGACCCAGAAUUCGCCGAAAUUUUGGGAAGUUCUCUUGAUGACCCGCAGAAGGCCCGAUCCAAAAUGAUUGAAUUUUCCAGAUGGAGAAAAGAUUGAAGAAGAAGAGGAACAAAAUUUUGCAUACAAAGACCGGCUCAGGGACUCCAAUGAAAGUGAUAUUCGACAAAUUUGGUUUCUCCAAUUCAUACAUAUGGUUUGAAUUCUACAAUGCUCCACUGGAGAAAGAUGUCUCCUUAAUUUGCGAUACAAUUCGGUCGUGGCACAUCAUUGGACGUCUUGGUGGAUGCAAUUCCAUGAAUAUGCAAUUAUCUCAGGCUCCUUUGGAUAAAAGACCGAGUUAUGAUGCUAUCCAGGGAGCAAAUGUUAACCCAACAACAUUUUACAAUCUUGGGGAUCUUGAGAUUCAAGACAACCUGGCGCGUGUGUGGGUUGACAUUGGGACCUCUGAACCAUUGCUUCUUGACAUUCUUAUAAAUGCAUUGACACAGAUAAGUUCCGACUUUAUUGGGAUUAAGCAAUUGACCUUUGGUGGAUCCAAAUACGAGAACUGGAAGGAGAACAUGACAUUAGAGGAUGCAGGUUGCAGCAUACACAAGAUUUGAUCCUCCCAGUCAGUGCAGUUGAUAGGAAGUCAAUUCUAUAUUCAUUGCAAGAGAAGAAAA